AUGCUAUAUCCCCAAAUCCUCCUCGGCCUCGCCGCCACCGCCUCGGCCAUCGAUGCCUACUUCCACUUAGGCGGCGACUGCGACGGCCCGGCGACUCUCUGCAAGGACUUGAACCCUGGUGUCUGCUGCACCUCGUCCGGAAGCAAUACCGUCGGCUACCGCGGUAUUCCAACCGACUGGAGGCUCUCCAUGACCGCCUACUUUGGCGGCGGAUGCUCCAUUGUUGCAUACACAAACCCCGCCGUCAAUACAAACUAUGUUUGCAUCAGGCCUUUUUCUGGGGACCCCCCCUUCACUGGGACCAGAUAUUUCUUUGAUUCCAAGAAACGGGCCGAGGACGAGCCGUGCACGUCAACGCAGAAGCCAGACGAGUUGAUACUGGCGGACGGAACCAGAUAUAACAUUGCUGGCUUGGAGGACAAUGUUCUCAACCAAUUGUAA